AUGAGGGGGGUGAUGAUGUUUGGAAAGAAGGGUAGACUGAGCCCAAGGUUUAUCUGUCCUUUCGAUGUCCUAGAGACAGUUGGUCCUGUGGCGUACCGACUAGCCUUACCUCCUGCUCUGGCUGCUGUUCACAACAUGUUCCACGUGUCUAUGUUGCGUAAGUACACCCCAGAUUCUUCUCAUGUGAUUGAGUAUGCAAAUAUUCCUUUGAGGGAGGACUUAAGUUACGAGGAGGCGCCCAUCGGGAUUGUAGACACGAAAAUACAUAAGCUUAGAAAUAAGGAAAUAUCGCUUGUCAAGGUGGUAUGGAAUAACCAACGCGUUGAGGAAGCAACUUGGGAGUUAGAGAGCAAGAUGAGGACCAAGUACCCCGUGUUGUUCAGGGAUUAA